AUGCCGACGACAUGUGGAUUUCCCAAUUGUAAGUUCAGAUCUCGCUACAAGGGAUUUGAGGAUAAUCGUCAUUUCUACCGAGUACCAAAAAAACCCGCAGUGCUGCGAGACAAGUGGCUGGAGGCCAUUGGACGUACUGAGGCCAAUAUUGUCAGUCAGCUGCGGAUCUGUUCGGGGCACUUCCACGGAGGCGAAAAGAAAGAGGGCGACAUUCCGGUGGCUGAUCCCGCCGUUGAUCCGCCACGACGGAUAGAGUUGCCAUCGAGGGGGCUGCGUCUUUCUACCGCCUCCGUCGGGUCUGCAGCAUUGGGACGAGAUUACAGGACGCUUGUUCGUUUCCCCUUCACCGUCUCCACCCACCACCGACGUGGCGGAGGCUCUUCCGCCCAAUGUCGCUUUCAGCCCUUGUCGGUGUCCUUAAGGGGCAGGGCGGAGGCCUUUUUAAAACCACCGUCCCCACCACCACUACCACCUCCACCUUCGCUACCAUCACAGACUCUCUCUGCAAUAGCCUCUACUCUAACUGCGUCUUCAGCUGCCCUAGAGGGUCAGUGGUCGGAAAAGAUGCAGAUAUGGAACCUCCUACUGGGUGGAACUCCAACUUAUCCAUUUUCGCACAAUCGUUCGGCACAAAAUACACAUUCACCUGGACCAUUGUGUACGAAGUCCCGUACCAUGGUCAUAUUUGAUAGGUUUUCGGACUAUUUCUUCGAGUUCCACACUCUGAGAAAAUGCAUACCACCAAUGAACAAUGUUGCCAUCGUCCGAAAACUCAGUGAGAUUUGGUUGACCCCAGAGGUUUUCCGAACAGCUGCUGUUAUUAUUUUCUACGAUAUGGACCUCUAUGACAAGGAGAUUAUUCGCCACUUCAUUAACCUUCAACUGGUUAUCUUAGCUGAUGUAUUCAGCGACUUAAUUGACGAAGCUUCCAAUUAUUUUAGAAGUCAUGGGAUUCAUUUUCGAAUUAUGCAACCAGAGCCUGAUAUUGACACCACAGCUGACAUAAUUUUCUCUAAGAUACUUCAGUACAAUUAUGACACCUGCUCUGGGGAUUCACCUUUGCUUCUGGAGCACACUGGAGACCACUCUAAGAAGAUUUUCUUGAAAAGUCUCCGGGGAAGAAUGCUAGGACUCGUUGGACUAGAUCCCAUUGGGCUGGCGAUUGCAAGACGCUGUUCAAUUUUUGGCCUGCAAGUUAUCGUCCACGAUCCAACUGUCUCGGAGGGCACAUGCAGCGGCCUUGGCUUAGCACGAUCCGAACAUCUAGAAAGUUUACUACCUCUCUGCAACUUUAUCUCCUUUCACAAUUGGAAAUUGGAUACCUUAAAUAACGAGGGCUACCAACUGAAUAUCACGAGUCAGCACCUCAAUUUAAUGCAGAAAGAUGCAAGUAUAUUUUGCUCAACCAACCGUGUGAGCUUCGACAUUUUGGCUCUCGCAAGAAGCCUCGGACAGAGCCACAUUAAAAGUGUAGCUCUUACAAAGGAGCAAAUCGCUGAGCUGAUGUCCUGUCGCUUGGCCGUCACAGGUGGCUCUAAAGGAAUGCCUAAUGUUUUUGCGAUUAGUCUUCCAAAAUUGCUGUCGGAAGAAUCUUUCAUUAGUCACCGUCGAAGAGUUGCGAACUUCGUGACAGGCUUUCUGUGCGGUAUGGGAGAGCCCCGUCUCACUCAAUCAAUUCAUUCUUCUGUACAUAAGCCCAUUUCAUCUAACCGACGAGAACAAUUUGUUGUGAGUGACUCGAGCAGUCCCGCGGAACAGAACACUGAAAUCGACUUAAAUGCAUUAAAUUCUAGUACCCCAGCGGCUGCAUUCGACCGGCCCAACACCACUCAAUGUCGUGUUUCGAGCAGUAAAGGCAAAAUAUAA